AUGGCAAACAAAGCUCCAUACAAGACUACCUUUGAGCCAGAGCAUACGAUCCGGCCAAUUUACACCGGCGGCAGCGUUGCCCUCGAUCACAGCGGGCGCAUUCUUGCGACCACUCUUGGGGAAGAUGCCUUGUUGACGGAUCUCGAUACGGGAAGGCAGCUAGCUAGAAUCGAUGGGGAUGGAGAGCUGAUUUCGGCCUUAACCCUAACACCAUCUGCUUCCCACCUCAUAAUAAGUUCGAGAUCAUUGUCAAUGCGAGUCUAUGCCCUGAAGCCCUCCCCAAUCUCCGUAGACGCGAUCAACUUCGAACUUGUCCGAACUCUCAAACCCCACACAACUCCCGUGGUUAUAUUGGCUGUCGACCAAACAAGCACACUCUUGGCAACAGGUGCAGCAGAUGGCGUGGUCAAGGUCUGGGACAUACGAGGAGGAUACAUAACGCAUACCUUUCGGGGGCCCAAUGUGCUGAUUUCUGCAUUACAUUUCUUCGAACUUGUUGCAAGCAACAGAGAUAAGGUAUCUGGGAUCUCGGCCCGGAAUCGAAGAAAGGAACAACGGGAAAGCAGCACAUCUACAGAGGCUGAACCGAACGAGGCAGCGAGAAGCUUCAGACUAGCUUCAGGUAGUCGGGAUGGAAAGGUGAGGAUUUGGGAUCUGUACAAGCGGACGUGCGCCUCAACUUUAGACUCUCAUGUCUCAGACGUCACAGCAUUGGACUAUUCUUCGAAGGAAAAUGCUCUUCUGACAGCCAGUCGAGACAAGACUAUCAUGUGGUGGGAUUCAAGGACUUGGAAGGUCAGGAACGUCGUACCGGUUCUUGAAGAGGUGGAGGCUGCCGGAUUCCUCGAGUCCGGGAGAUUGACAUACACGGGAGGUGCGAAUGGAAACAUUCGCAUAUGGGAAUCCGAUAAUGGGCGAGAAGUCACGCUACCCCAGUCUGCAAAGGGCGAAGCAGAUGGAGUCGUCAGUGCAAUUUCAUUAGGAGAACUCUCGUUCAUUCUAUCUGUGCAAGCAGACCACACGAUCACCCUUCACUCGAAGACGUCGUUAAAAGAUCUUGGUUCUAUGGAAACAAUCAAGCCCUUGGACCAGAUCCGACGAAUAUCUGGCACCCACGAUGAAAUCAUUGACCUCGAAUACUUGUUGCCUGACAGAUCUCUCUUGGCACUCGCGACAAAUUCGGAGGAGAUCAGAAUCAUUUCCCUUUCUCAGUCCGACGAUUCCUCGCAGCAUACAGAUUAUUUUGGCGCAGACGUUGCGCAAUUGAAGGGACACGAGGAUAUCAUCAUUUGUUUAGAUGUCGAUUGGUCUGGCCACUGGAUUGCUACUGGUGCCAAGGACAACACUGCUCGAUUAUGGAGGGUUGAUACUGCAAAUUCUUCCUUCAGAUGCAUUGCAACCUUUGCUGGUCACGCCGAGUCGGUUGGAGCAAUUUCUCUCCAACGUACCCAACCUCCCGAGUCAUCGCCGGCGUACACGAAUCCACUCCAGCAUCCACCUGCAUUUGUCCUGACCGGUUCUCAAGACCAGACCGUCAAACGAUGGGAUAUCCCCAAACUUGACGCACUAACAUCAAGUCACAAAGCUCCGAGGGCUCUUUAUACGAAGAAAGCCCACGAAAAAGAUAUCAAUUCCAUCGACAUCAAUCACAGCGGGCAACUCUUUGCAUCCGCUUCCCAAGACAAAACAGUCAAAAUCUGGUCAGCUGAAGAAGGAGAGGUGCAAGGUGUUCUCAAGGGACACAAGCGUGGAGUUUGGUCGGUCAAAUUUGCGCCAAAAGAGACACCUAGCAUCAUUGGAGACAGUGGACCUGCAGCAGGGAAAGGGCUCAUUCUCACCGGUAGCGGCGACAAAACGGUCAAGAUCUGGAGUUUGUCCGAUUACAGCUGUUUACGAACCUUCGAGGGUCAUACGAACAGUGUGUUGAAAGUAGCCUGGCUCAAUAUUCCCAACACUGAUAGUGGCAAGAAACACAUUCAAGUCGCAAGUGCUGGAGGUGAUGGCUUGGUUAAAAUAUGGAAUGCAAAUACAGGCGAUGAGGCUUGUACAUUGGACAACCACGAGGAUCGGGUCUGGGCUCUUGCAGUCCACCCUGUUACCAACAUGAUAGUUUCAGGCUCGGGGGACUCGACCGUCACGUUUUGGAAAGACACGACGAUUGCUACACAAGCUGCAACGACUGCUGCUGCAACCGAAUUCGUUGAGCAAGAGCAGGAGCUCCAGAACUACGUCCAUACCAAAUCAUACCGCCAAGCCAUCACCCUCUCAUUGCAGUUGAACCAUCCUGCUAGGCUGCUUUCGCUUUUCACCUCUGUGGUGAAUGUCAGCCCUACAGAAGAAGGCAGUCUCUGUGGGGUCAAAGCCGUUGACGAAGUUCUCGCGUCACUGUCUGAUGACCAGAUCUUUCUUCUCCUCUUGCGAGUCCGAGAUUGGAAUACCAAUAAUCGAACCUCGGUCGUCGCACAGAGGAUUCUAUGGGCUCUUGUGAGGAGUUAUCCAGCAACAAAAUUAUCGAGUUUGAAGGUUCGCGGGGCACAAGACCAAAAUAGCCUGAAGGAGGUUUUGGAUGCGUUGAAAGUGUAUACCGAUAAGAAUUAUAAGAGGUUGGAGGAGCUGAUCGAUGAGAGUUACUUGGUCGAGUAUACGCUGAAUGAAAUGGAUGGGUUGGGGUUGUUCGAUGAAGGAAAGGGAGCAAAUGGGCUGGAGGAAGUUGGGCAAGACAUGAUCAUAGUAUAA